AAAAAAAAAAAAAACCCUACCCUUCGUCUCCCUCUAAACUUGAGUUGGGUUCUCUUUGUUAGUGAUCACAAUGUGGGAGAUGAGGUUCCGUUGCAAAACUCUCACCUUCGUCGCUGCGUUCUUGGUUCUGCGGGUGCUUCAUCACCGCGGUCUGGUCACCGCCCUGGCCCCCAAGUCACCUUGGCUUACACUGAGUGGUGAUGCACCUGUUGUUGUUGCAAAGGGUGGCUUUUCAGGGAUAUUUCCAGAGUCCAGUUCAGAUGCUUUCCAAGCUACAUAUUUAUCUGGUUCACCCGAUACAAUUACUUGGUGUGGUGUUCAACUAACAAAGGAUGGUACCGGUAUUUGUAUUCCUAGCAUGUUAUUAGAUACUUGCACGAGCAUCCAAGUCGUUUUCCCUAAUGAAACAAGUACUUAUUCUGUUGAUGGAGUGCCAACAUCUGGUUGGUUUUCUGUCGAUUAUGACUUCCAAAGCUUAGAACAAGUUUCAGUGAUUCGAUCAAUCUUAUCUCGAAGUGAUAAAUUUGACUUUAACGCAUAUCCGAUCCUUCCUGUUGAAGAAGUUCAAAAGGAAAUUAAUUCAGCACCACUUUGGUUGGAUAUACAGCAUGAUCUAUUCUACACACAACAUAAUUUAAGCAUGAGAGACUACUUGGUGUCCAUCUCAAAGAAAGUUGCAGCAAACUAUGUAUCAUCGCCAGAAGUGGGUUUUCUCACCGGUAUCGGUUCAAGAUUCAACGGAAGCAAGACAAAACUUGUUUUCCGUUUUCUAGAAGAAGAUAUUAUUGAGCCUUCUACAAACCAAACUUAUGGUUCUCUCUUGCAAAAUCUUACAUUUAUUAAGACAUUUGCCUCUGGGAUCCUCAUUCCUAAGAAUUAUAUAUGGCCGACAUCUGAUCUUUAUCUGCAGCCUCACACUUCUAUUGUCUUGGAUGCUCACAAGGAGGGGUUGGAAGUUUUUGCCUCCGAAUUUGCAAAUGAUGGCAAUAUUAGCUACAAUUACAGUUAUGAUCCAGUACUCGAAUAUCUCAAUUUCGUUGACAACGGGAUUUUCUCUGUUGAUGGAGUGCUGACAGAUUUUCCUGCUACUGCAUCAGAAGCCAUUGGCUGUUUCUCCCAUGUAAAAAGGAACGGUUCAGACCACGGAAAACCUGUGGUAAUCACACACAAUGGAGCUAGUGGAAUAUAUCCCGACUGUACCGAUCUGGCUUAUCAGCGGGCUGUGGAAGAUGGUGCAGAUUUUAUUGACUGUCCAGUUCAAGUAACAGAAGACGGCGUUCUACUAUGCAUGAGCUCUAUUAAUCUCAUGGAUUCUACUACAGUUACAACAUCAACCCUUCGUUCUCGUUCUUCUCUUGUCGGAGAUAUCCAGCAAACUCCUGGGAUUUUCACCUUCAAUUUAACCUGGGAUGAGAUCCAAAAGAACCUGAAACCUGCAAUUUCAAACCCAGAACUAAAUUAUGGCUUGUUGCGGAAUCCAAGAUAUACAAAUGCUGGAAAUUUCACAAAACUAUCCGACUUUUUGGCCUUCGCUAAAGGAAAACCUCUAUCUGGAAUUGUUAUCAGUAUUGAGCAUGCAGCAUUUCUUGCAGAGAAAUUAGAAUACAGCGUUACGGAGGCCGUCAUAAAAGCAUUAAAAGAUGCAGGUUUCAACAAUCAAAGAUCUCAGCAAGUCAUGAUUCAGUCCACAAAUAGCUCUGUGCUAAGAAAAUUCAAGCAACAGACCAGUUACAAAUGCAUCUACAAUGUCGAUGAAUCCAUUAGUAAUGCUGAUGCCUCAUCAUUAGCUGAUAUGAAGAAGUUCGCAACUUCUGUUGCAGUCGACAAAGUUUCUAUAUAUCCAGUAACCAAGGCAUUUAUCACAGGCAGAACUGAUUUAGUGAAGAAUUUGCAAGAUUCUGGCUUUUCUGUGUUUGUGUAUUUUCUUAGAAAUGAAUAUGUGUCUCAGCCAUGGGAUUUCUUCUCAGAUCCAAUUGCAGAGAUCAAUGCAUUUGUUCAGGAUGCUGGUGUCGAUGGCAUUAUCACUGAAUUCCCUGGAACUGUGACUCGAUAUAAAAGAAAUACUUGUUUGAAACUCGGCAACAAAAUGCCAAACUAUAUGAAACCAGUUAGUGUAGGAACUCUGCUAGGAGCAGUAGAUCCUACAGCACGACCACCCGCCGUAGCUCCGAUGCCCGUUCUUGAUGAUGCUGACGUUGCAGAGCCGCCGCUUCCUCCUGCUCCAUUGAAGCCAAAAGUCCCCAGCCCUCCAGCACGCUCCAGUCCCGAACCUCAGCCUUCGGCAGGAUCACAACUAUAUUCAGCUUCUUCACUGUUAAAAUCUUUGGCCAAAGUGAUGCUCUCUGUAUCUUUUCUGCUGCUUAUCUGAUAGUAGCCAGUUAUUUUUACAUAUUGGCAUUGUUUUCAUGUAAGUUUGAUCCUAUCGGAUGCGAGUUUCAGAUGUGUUAUGGCCAUUAAUGUUUCAAGUUGAUUACAAGGGAGUUUAUGAGA